GGAAGGGCAAUUGUCACAAAAGAAGCGAAAGAUUGUCUCUGUCGAUGCACUAAGUGGUAUCAACUUCCAGGGCAGUCAGAAGUAAACAAGCAGCUUUGAUGAGUCGAAGAUUGUGGAUAGCCUUGGCGGCCUUGCUGCUGGUAGGCAGCUUGGCAGUGUCCCGUGCGGACGAUGGCAGCCUCGGCGUGAGCGAUGAUGAGGAGUUUGAGGAGGUGGAGGACCAAGGCCCGCACCUGGUGGCUCGCAAGUUCCUGCCAGGAAAGGAUCUGGUGGUAGGCAGGAACACCACUGUGGCAAUCGAGCUUUACAAUGCAGGCAAAAGCGCUGCCUACGAGGUUGUGGUGACAGAUGGAGAGUGGCAAUCGGAGUACUUUGAGUUCGAUCCAGAGGCCAUGGUUGAGACUGUGGAAAGGAUACCCGCUGGGGCCACUGUGCGCGUGGAGUUCACCCUCAUCCCUGUGAAGGUUGGCUCAGGAAUCACCGCCCCGGCGCAGAUCACAUACAAGCUUGAGGAGGGUGCCAAGAACCUGCAGACUGCGGUUUCCACAACGAUGAGAUUGGCCAUUAUCACCCCCUUCCGAGUCUUCCUGAGCAAGGCGCUCCGCUGGGGCUCCUACUUGACUCUGGGAGCCUUCAAGACGCUGGAGCACUGGCGCAACGCUGCAAUCAUCACAACGCUGUUCGCGUUGGCAGGCAUCGGCUUCGCGGCCUACAACUCAUUGACAGAGCAGCGCAAGCGCCAGAUAUACCAGAAGGCGCUGCACGAGGUGGAGAAGAUGAAGUGAGCAGGGGAGAAUGUCUGGGCAGUGGAUGGGACUGGGUGAAUUGAGUGGGACCUGUCGCUUGCAAGACAGGAGGGUGUGGGGAAUUUUUUUGCUGCUGCCAGAUCAGCUGUGUAUGGCCAUGCUGACAUGGCUAAUUGCGCUCAGAGCUGGAAGUUGGAACAAGGCUGCAGGGGUAGAGACCAGCUGCCGUAGCAUGCCCACGGGAGCACUUUUGAAUAGAAUGCACGUGACGCUGCUGUUGCAGACUGUUGCGAAUGCUGUUUUUGAACAUUUCAUUGAUUUCGCCUCAUUAAGUGAGUCAAUACUCAUGCUGCUAUCCUUUGCGUGCGCACUACGGCAUUCAGAUCCUUUGGCCAAACCCCUCUUUGCUCUCUGCAACCAGCAACAUUCU